CAUUGCGAAAAAUUUUUUUUACGCAGAUUAACGAAUUAAAAAUUCACAGCAACUGUCUCUAAAAUGUUGGAAUAUAAUUUUCAAGCCCCAGACAUUAAUGGCAUGACAUUACCAAUGUUACCCAUGGCCAUCGGGUACGGCUUCGGUAUUGAUGUCAACGAUUAUGAUAUAUCGAAUGAUGUUAUUGUUGGAAGCGGUGCAGAAAAUACUGCUGAAAUUGAUGAAUAUUCCACAACUAUCGACUAUCUAUAUAAAGACGAUACCACAACAGUAUCUAUGAUGAAUGAGGAUUGCAAAAACAAAGAUUCCCCAUGUAUGACGUGGGUCUCAGUGAUUUUCAUUCUACUUUUUGUGAUCGGGAUUUUCACGAACAUAGUGGGAUACCUUCUAGCCGCUGCAAAUAGAAAAAUUGAUCGACAUUAUCACAAUUUUCUCCAUAUAUUCCUAGCAAAUAUACUCUUACUCCUGCCCUUGCCCUUCAGCGUUGCUGCAAGAUUUCAUGGAUCCUGGGAGCUUGGCAAUGGUUUUUAUAGGUUUCUCAGCGUGGUAGAAGCUUCGGCAACAACAAUUUUGGCUUUUCAGUUGAUAUACUUGAUGCAAACACGUGCAGCGGAAUUUGCGAGCACAGAAAAAAAACCAACUAAAGGAAAAAGAAAGAUUUUCUGCUACUUCUUCUGGUUAUUGGGAUUCUCUUCAAUGUGGCCAGCAGCAAUGUACGACGAUGUUAUGACAGAUGUUAUCCAGAACCAAUCAAUGACACGAUCUGAAGGAGGAUCGAUUAUAAUCAAACUAAAUACAGUCAUCAACUUCGUUAUACCCGGAAUGUUGGCCGUUUGUUCGUUAAUAUAUUCUUUAAGAAAACACAAACAAACGAAAACUGCAUCCAUCGAUAUAUCCAAGAAAGAAGAUAUGAGAAACGAUUUCAGAAUGGCAGCAUUAUACGCCGGUCUAUUCUUUGCCUUCUGGUUUCCCUGUCGUUGCUGGAGAAUUGUGACGUCAUCAAACUCCGAUGUCAAACAAUGUGAUAUUACAUUGGACAUAUUUGUGUGUAUAGGUAUCUUGUACAGCUCGAUCUUGCCGAUAAUAUACAUCUCUGUUGCGACCCAUCACAAGAAUAAAGCAAAACUUAAUGUCGACCGAGCAUCAAAAAUAGAAGCGGGAGAAAUCGAAAAAUUAACCAAGGAUAAAGAAGAUUCGGAAAAGAACAAUAACGAAUAUAUGAAUGUUUGAAGCCACGUAGAAAAAACUACAGCGAUUCUUUUCUGGAAUGAAGACUGCAUAUUUGCUAAUCGCAGGUUUCGUUACCUUUAAAUUCAAAUCUUUCAAUUAAAAACUAUCUCAUUCAAUUAAAUUUUGGCAAAUUUUUAAAAAUUUAUACUAUGAAAUUUAAUUUUUUUUUUUCCGAAAAUUUCGUGUGGAAAAUUGAAAGAAUUCGUAUUGUGUCUAAAAAUUUAACGUUGUUGCAAAAUUAUUUAUCGCGUAAAAUCAUCCAUUCAAAUGAAUUAUAUCUGUAGUGAAAGAAAACAAUAAUGCUGGCGGUAAACGCAUCUAACUGCCAAAAUCAGAUAUCUUAAUUUGGAAACUAAAUUGUCACCGAUAAAAGUAUCUUUCAUAUUAUAAGUUUUCGUGCAAGGCCCGAGUAUAAGUUGAUGGCAAAGAUCAUCACCUUGUGAAAUAACCGUCCACGCCACCACAUCUAUGUCAAAAUCAAAACGUAACUGUGACGUAACAAUGUGAACGCACUGGUGCAGUUUUUUAUGUGAAUAUCCAAAUUGCCGACGAUUCGAUUUCAGCGACAAAGAAAAUUUUCAGCGUCUUUAAUUACUCUUGUCAACACCUGCCAUAUUUUGCUCGUUUUGAGUUAUUGUUUUUCAAAGUGGUGACAUGAUUAUUAAGCAACUGCUUUUUUUAUUAUCGGAUUUACAAUAACGCUCACAAUUGCUAAGUACGUUUUUGCAAACUUAUAUAACUGCAAGACUAAUUGAGUUACACCUCUAAAUGUAAACCACUGUAUAACAGUUCCGUCUACCAAACCAUUUUGUUUAGGCAAAAUAAUGAAGUGGUAUCAUCAUGAAUUGUAUUAAAGUAGCAUUUAGAUAAAAAAUCACUCUAACCCUUUUAUAGUCACCUUUUAUUGACUAAUGACAAAUGGUCAGAGCAUGCGGUGUUAACAAUGGCUAAAUCUUUAUCAAAUUUGAUUUUAAAUCUUGCCAGUCGUAUAUUAUGACAUCCAUUGGGUUUUUCAAUAUAAU